AUGGCGCCGCGGCGCGGCGGGCCGGUGGGGUAUGCUUUGCUGUGCGGCCAGGCCGUGCUGCUGCUGGGCAACUUGCUGCUGCUGCAUGGCGCUUCCCGAGACCUCCCCAACAACGGCACCGAGCCCGAAGGACUCUCGCAGGGCUCUCCCGCCGCCUGGGCCUACACCGACCCGCAGGCGCCUCUCGUCCUCUGCACCUACCUCCCUGAUGAGUUCGUGGAGUGCGAGGAACCAGUGGACCACGGUGGGAACGCCACGGCACAGCAGGAGCUGGGCCACGGCUGCGUGAAGUUCGGCGGACAAGCCUACGGAGAGGUGGAUCACACCCGGGUGCAGUGCCGAGCGCUGGACGGCAUCGAGUGCGCCGAGCCGCGGAGCUUCCUGCGGGGCAGCCGGCCUUGCGUCAAGUACACUGGACACUAUUUUAUAACCACUCUGCUCUACUCGUUUUUCCUGGGGUGCUUUGGCGUGGAUCGGUUCUGCCUGGGCCACACCGGGACGGCCGUGGGGAAGUUGCUGACCCUGGGGGGCCUGGGGAUCUGGUGGUUCGUGGACCUGAUUCUUCUCAUCACCGGGGGGUUGAUGCCCAGCGACGGCAGCAACUGGUGCACCGUGUACUGACCCCCACGGAGGCCCUGCGGGACUGGAGAAGGCCUCCAGCACCGGACAGACUCUGC